AUGCAACAUCUCCUUAGACCCGUAUUUAGGCAAUCUUCAAUCUAUUUCAAACAGUCGUAUAGAUUUUACGCUGCUGUUGGUGAUGCAAUUCCUACAACCAAAGUUUUUGAAGGCUCACCCGGAAAUGACGUCAAUUUGGCAAAAGAAACUGAGAAGGGAAAGUCUCUACUCGUGGGGGUGCCAGGAGCUUUUAGCCCAGGAUGUUCACAGAAGCACGUACCCGGCUACAUUAAAAGUGCUGGUGAAUUCAAAAACAAAGGCAUUGAUAACAUCUAUGUCCUAGCCGUUAACGAUCCUUUCGUUACUAAAGCAUGGGGAGAGGGUUUGUUGGAUGAUGGAGCUCAGAUUCGUUUCUUGGCUGACAGCACCGGAGAAUUUACAAGAGAGCUCGGUUUGUUAUUUGAUGCCAGCAAAGUCUUUGGAAACGAGAGGUCAAAGAGAUACGCCUUAUUAAUUGAAGAUGGUAAAAUCAAACAAACUUUCAUUGAACCCGACAACACUUCAGUUGAUGUGUCGGAUGCCACCAAGGUUUUAUCAAGUUUUUAG